AUGAUCAGGGCUAUCACCGUGGCGGUUGAAGUUAAUACGGAUAAGACUAAGAGCGUGCUGCCAACUGCGCCUACGGCCAAGCAUUUGGUUGCACCACCUGGACUUGUCAGGGAUGGCAAUGGCGUGAAGGGCAUGGUGGACUUAGGCCUAUCCAAAGUACCUGAACAAUACAUACAACCACCUCAUGAGCGUAUACUGAAGCUUAAUGCAAGCACUAAAUGAGCUCAGAGCCUCAGACCAAUCGAUCUGUCUAAGCUUGAUGCGGUUGAUCAUGAACAAGUGGCUAAUGAGAUCGUUAAUGCUGCCGAGGUUCUUGGGUUCUUCCAAGUUGUGAACUGGCGGCAUGGCCUGCCUGUGGAGUUGCUGGAGUCUCUGAAAGAUGCUGCAAACAAUUUCUUCGAGCAAGCGCCAGAGAAGAAAGCUGCUUACCGGAAAGGUGUGAGCCCGAGCCCGUACGUGAAGUAUGGAACGAGUUUUGUGCCGGAGAAAGAGAAGGCUUUGGGGUGGAAGGACUAUGUUAGCAUGGUGUACUCCAGUGAUGCUGAUGCUCUCAGUCACUGGCCUAACGAGUGCAAGUAAUUGCACUUGAGUACCUUAAAAGAAUCAAUGCAUAUGGUAAAGAAAAUAGUGAAAACUUUGAUUGAGAAGCUCGGAGUGACACUUGAGGACUCAAAACUAGAUGGACUCGUUGGGUUAAAGAUGGUGAACAUGGUAUAUCCAAAAAAAAUAAAGAUGGUGAGCAUGAACUUUUACCCAACAUGCCCUAAUCCGGAGCUCACUGUCGGAGUUGGGCGUCACUCGGACAUGGGCACCUUAACCGUUUUACUGCAAGAUGGAAUUGGUGGUUUGUAUGUGAAGGUUGAAGAAGACAUGAAUGCUGGAAAGAAAGGAGAGUGGAUCGAGAUCCCUCCUAUCCCUGGAGCCUUGGUCAUCAACAUUGGUGAUACAUUAUAGAUACUUGGUAAUGGGAGAUAUAAAAGUGCCGAAUACAGAGUUCGAACUACAAACGCUCAAUCAAGAGUGUCUGUUCCGAUAUUUACCAUUCCAAAUCCAACAGAAAUAAUUGGGCCGCUGCCGGAGGUGGUGGCGCGUGAUGGAGUGGCUCGUUACAGUGACAUGGUUUUUGGAGAUUAUAUGAACAACUUUUUCGGCAAUGCACAUGAGGGCAAGAAGUCUCAUGAUUAUGCCCAGAUUAAUAAUUAGCUGCACGAGUGACUUGAUAUACGAG